AUGAUUGGAACUUACCAUGACCCCGACACAAAAGCUUUAUUUAUCGAGCUUAAAAACUUGGUACUUCAAUCAUCAUGGAAAGGAGUCACCUUGCCUUCGAAUACUUUCAAGUCUGUGAUAUGCAGCGGCGCAACUGCAGAGCAUCAAUGUGGCCUGACUACGGAGGAGAAGUAUUAUGAACGUCUAGCUUCGGAUUUUGGGUACUCUGCCGAUGAAAUCAAGACCUCAUUUACAGCAAUUCGGGAUUCGAUGACCGUGGACGAGUCCUUCAUGGAUUCUCUCGUCGCUCUAAAAUCAAAAUUUGGCAAGGAGUUGAAGAUUUAUGCAAUGGCUAACCUUUCGCUCGAAGAUUUCACAGCGGCAAAGGCUUUGGACACUGAUUGGUCAAUCUUCAAUAAGAUAUUCGUGUCCAGUGAUAUUGGUAUGCGGAAGCCAGAGCUUCGGUUUUUCAAGUCAAUCUUGAGUAGAUUGAACAUGGAGCCGAAGCAAGCAAUCGUCAUUGAUGAUGACACAGAUAACUUACUUGGAGCCAUGUCACUCGGAAUGCGGGGCAUUCUUUACCCGGGAGUCUCUGUCAAUCAAGCCGUUACCAAUAUGCUUGAUCGCGAUCCGAUUGCACGAGGGGAGAUAUUCCUCCAGGAAAACGCCAAGCAACUUGACUCAAUUACCCACACUGGAAUCAAAAUCAAAGAGAAUUUUGCGCAGCUAUUGAUUCUAGAGUCAACAGGCCAAGGGGCGUUAGUUGAUAUCGAAUCACAUGAGAAGACAUGGAACUACUUUGUGGGACCACCUAUUAUUUCACCCACCUACUCUCCGGAUGACUUUGAUACAACAUCUUUAGGAUGUACAGUAUUUGAUCGACCUAUGCAAGUGAUGAACGAGGUCAUGGAUAUUGCUCUCGCCUACCGAAAUCCCGAUGGUAUUGUGCAAACUUUUAUCACCGACCUUAAGAACCGUGUUGAUCCAGUCGUUUGUUGCAAUGUUCUGAGUCUAUUUUGCAAAUAUGGUCGCCAUACAGAACUCUCGGAAAGUCUCGAAUGGAUACGCCAUGUCUUGCAAACACGUGCAUACAUCAAUGGAACCUCGUACUAUCCAAUGCCUGAGAGUUUCCUAUACUUCUUUUCCCGUUUUCUGCGAUACCUUGAGCCCCAUGACAAAUCUCUCCACUGCACGCUGAAACAUUUGCUCUCUGAGAGAUUAAGGGAGCGCAUUGGGAUACCCGUUGAUGCUCUUAGUCUUGCGAUUCGUGUGAUUGCUUGCCAUGAGGUGGGAAUAGUCGACGAAAGAGAAUCGGACGAGCUCAUCAAAUCACAACAUGAAGAUGGUGGAUGGGAACUAGGAACCCUCUAUCGAUUUGCUUCAAAACAGCUAUGGGUAGGUAAUCGUGGUGUCACCACAUCAUUUGCAAUUGAAGCUAUCCGUCGAAGUCGAAGCGCGGUAGGUCUUGAGUGA